AUGGGUCCGGUAGUUGACCUCCCGGCCCGAGCCCUGACCUCCAAGAAUGUGAACCCUCUCCAGGAGAAAACUCCUAUACUGGAGACUGCCGGCGAGACCACACAGUACAGUUUCUUCAGCACCCAGGUCGAUACAAUCGCCCAUGCCUCUAGCAUCCAGCAGCUGAAGUCGUCCUCUUCCAUCUUCGAGACUCUUUUCGAGACAGGUACACAGAGUGGACUGUGGUGGCUCCAUGUCGCAUCGCCCUCCGACAAAGAUCUCGAGACGUUAUCGCGGAUGCUCGACUUCCAUCCCCUUACCACCGAGGAUAUCAAGACGCGCGAGCUCCGAGAGAAGAUCGAGCUGUUUGGCCCCUACUAUUUCGUCUCUCUGCGGGCCCCACAGCAGCCCAAGAUAGCGACAGGCGUGCGCGCCUCGUCGGCGAAUGUCUACGCCAUUGUCUUCCGCGAGAGCGUCGUCAGCUUUACAUAUGACAAAAGUCCACAUCCCGCCCAUGUGUGGAGCCGCAUCCAGGAGCAUCAGAGUCAUGUGGCGUUGACUAGUGACUGGAUCUGCUAUGCCCUCAUCGACGAUAUCGUGGACGGGUUCGCCCCCUUCAUCGACUGCGUCCAAACCAGCGUCGAGGUCAUCGAAGACGGCGUGUCGGCCACGCGCCCAGAAGACAUCGGUCUGGCUCUCCAGAGCAUCUACAAGUAUCGGAAAGAGGUCACUCGCAUCCGCCAACAUUUGCACGACAAGAUCGAUGUUAUCCGGUGUUUUGCCCGCCACUGUGGUAGUCUGGGGUCCACGCCCGCAGAGGUUACCUUGUACCUGAGCGAUAUCCAGGACCACGUCUUGACGAUGAUGGCCAACCUGACCAUUGCAGAGCAGAUGCUGUCGCGGUCGCAGUCGAAGUACCUUGGCCAGCUCUCGUGGGACUCGACCUGUAUGCGGAAUCAAAUCGCCGAUGCUCUCAGUCGGUUGACUGUCAUCGGCGCCAUUGUCGUCACCAUGCAGGUCAUUACCGGUCUUUUUGGUAUGAACGUCAAAGUACCUGGGCUGGAUGUCGCUGGGUUGUCCUGGUGGUUUGGGAUCUUGGGCUUCAUCCUGGGGCUUAUCUUGCUGCUUUUUGUGAUUGCGAGGAGAACCCAGAUCAUAUAG